CGGAGUUGUCAUUCGAUUUACAUGCAUACGAAGUCAACGGGGCUGCCAUACAUUGCAUAUCGUUGCUGUAAAAGGAGUAUUGUACUUCUGUUAGUCUAUCGCACGAACUACAUUUCAGUCUGCUGAUCAUUUGAGUCUUCAGGAGUUUCUUGAAAUGGCAACAUCAUCGCAAGGAGAAGGUCAACCAAACAUUCCGACCUCGACAAUGGCAUCUGAACAGAGCAAUAACUCCGAUGGAGCAGCAGGACCAAGUGGCAUCCCACGUGCGGUACCUGUUCCAAAACAAAGACCUGUUCCUCUGACGCGACAGGUGGUCUUUGAUCUUGGAAUCACUGGGCUGGAAAAUGAAUGCCAUAUACUUCGGAUCUCUGCAUCACGUUUGGAUGUACCUGUAAAUGAGGAAUACUUCAACAAAUAUGUCCUGCCGAAAAGGGAAAUUAGUUAUUGGGUUCAAGAGAUCUUUAAGUAUUCUGUCCAAGGGGACAAUUUGUAUCGAAAUGGCGUUCAGCUUCCUACAUUACGCAUACGCCAGGCCUUGUCCGAGUUUCUGGAGUUUCUAGGGGACGAGCCUGUAACACUGAUUGCCCACCACUCCAGGCGGAUUGACUUUCCCGUUUUGUACAAUGCCAUGAAAGCCUGUGACAUGUUGCCGGAAUUUGAAAAAAAGGCGACAGGCUUUGUGGACACACUGCCUCUGUUUAGAGGUGUCUGGCAGGAUUUCGGUCCCUAUAGACUACGUACUCUGUACGGUAAACUGUUUCCACGUGAGGAACAAAACAUAAGCAAUGUCAUGGUAUUAAAGACCCUUGUUGGACAUCCCGAUGUUACAGACGAAGCAGUUUCAAAACAUUCUUUUGAUUUUACAUACGUCGCUCAGGCUGCCAAAAGGUCGUUCGAGAAAAAGAGCAACUUACCCAGUUGGAAGCCUUUGAUAACUUCUCGGUUUGUGAGCAAGUCCAUGGCACAGAGAGCAGCAGCAAGUGGUCUUGCAGUUCACCAUCUGCUGCUGGCCUACGAAUGGGGUGAAGAGCAAGGUGUGCUGGACGUCCUCACCGAAAUUACCAGCGAUGGCAAACCAAGGGUUACCAAGGAUAAGAAAGUGCUUGAAAAAAUUGUAAGCUUCAUCACUAAAGGUUCUUUCGACGACGAACAAGAAAACGAGUCUCUGGAGGACGAAGACGAUUUUUAUCAGAAUUAACGAGGAAGGAAUCGGAGAGCAGCCUACGCAGACAACUACUGACCUUGCGACCUGGACCCUCCUUCACUCAAUUGAGAAUUGAAAAUCUGUUCGUCGACAAACUGAAAACACUCUAUCUUAACCAACAUUAACUGACAACAACAAACUUUAACUAACAUCAACUGAGAAUACAAGACCUAUUUUUGUAACGCGGUUGGUAUUAACACGUACCAGUUAAUACAUGGUUUUAGCAUUACUUACGAGAUAGAGAAAGAAGUGUACAGCCAAGGAGGCAGAACAAAUGAAUUUUAAAAAAAAACCUUCCUGUUCUUAGUAGUCAUUGUAAGGGCAUGUCAAUCAAGCAAGCCCACCCUAACAGAAAGGAGGGUCACUGGAGCUAGGCUGCACUGACAGCAAGUUUUUUCUUCUAACCUGAUUUGCAUUGAUAAAUUUCUUAUAUUUCACAGAUGUUUUGCAAUUAUGUUUUUAAAUUUUUUUGCACGUGAGUAAAGUCUAUCACAUAUUGUGCCAUGUUCCUUUCGUAGAAAAUGUAUUUUCUACUUUCAGCAAAGUUUAAUGUUUAAUUAACUGGUCAAGCUGGCACCACUCCGGCUAAUGACAGGACAGGAUGGUCAAGGCAGUCUAUGUUCUGUGUAAGUUGAUAUGGAACAAUCUGUGUAAAACGAACUACGCUGAGAUGGUUUAUUUGAACAGUCUGUAAGUUCAUUUUAAAUAGUCUUAGAAAAAAUGCAAAUAUUUCGUGAAUCUGUUGCCGUUGCAACAGUUUUUUUCUGCUGAAAAUUCAUUGUUAUUCAUUUCUUGCUGCUUUCCUCAUUUAGGCUAAUGCAUAUGUAUUAAUGAUUUUGCUUACUGUUUGGAUUUAAUGGAAUUGUGCUCAUUCAUGUUAUGCCAUGUUUAAUGUGUAUAUAUUUUAAUUUUGAAAAAAAAUAUUCCUUAUCAGAAACAAUUUUUCCCCCCGGAGAAAGGGAUUUUGUAGAACACGUAUUUUCUACUUUCAGAAAGUUUAGUUAGAAUAUAGACCACCAACUGGACAGUGAAUGUAUAGUGUAUUGGAAGUCUACGCCAGCAUGAACUUUAUACUAUUGAUGUAAGCAAAGAAGGGAUUUGUGAAUAUUGGAUUUUGAACUGUGAACAUUGAACUGUGGGUAUCGGAUUACUAACGGUGAACAUUUAUGAGGCGAGCGACAUCGAGGAGAGAUAAGUUUUAAGAAUUACGUGUAGAGCUAACUGUAAACCAUUUUUGUACGUAUGUAUUGUUUUAUUAC